AUGAUUUCAAAAGGAAAACAAGUGUUAGAGUUGUGAAUUCCGUUAAUCUCAUCCAAAAAGUAUCCAUAAAUGUUUCAGAUCCCGAAUAAUAAUCCUCGUGUCCCUAUGCGUUAUUGUGGCGGCAAUAGCCGCUGUCGUACUUAUCCAGACGUCUGAUAUGCGCCGAUUGUAUAUCCGAAGAAUCGGAUUUGUGGAUAGUGGCAAUCCCGGAUAUCAAAUGGUACUACUUCUUUUAUACUUUAUCGCUACAACUCAGCGAUACAAUUUUUCAGCUAAUAAACCGUCUUUUCUACAUUUUCCCGUUCGGAUCGAUAGUCUGCUACAUUGUAUUAUAUUUUCACAUUCGUCGAAUGACACAGCAGGUGAUGUCGAGAAGAAGCGCGCAGAACGGAGAGCAGAGAGUGUUUAUCCAGUUGUUUAUCACUAUUUUAUUCUACGGGGUAAGAAUACUUGUUCAUGGAUACUCGGGUAUUCGAAGAAAUGCUCCAGGCGAUGUGUAUCCUCUUCGAGUACCUCAACACCAAAGAUUGGAGUGCGAAUCCAGUGACGAAAAUCGAUUUGGUGGCAGUUUUGAAUAUUGUCAAUUACCUGCCCGAGAUAUCCCUUCCCCUUAUGCUCCUUUUAUCGAAUACCGACAUGCGCCGUCGAAUAUCCACACUAAUCGGCCCACGCGGAUCCCAAAGUCUUACUGUAUCCGUGGUCCCUGUUCCGUAA